AUGGUCAAUCGCGGAGGUCGCAGUAAGGCGUGUAGGACAUGCAAGCGAAGACGCGUAAAAUGCGAUCACAGCAAGCCGCACUGUCAGCGAUGCGAGAAAGCUGGGAUAGCUUGUGAAGGCUAUGUAACAUACGGCGAGUUUGUUGAUGAGACAGCGCGAUUCGCGAAAGAUAAGUCGCCUGUGAAGGACAACCAGGUCCAGGUUCAACUGGCCAACCCAUCUCCCGAGGCCAUUGAACGACAAAUCUGGCAUCCACCACCACUGUUACUGGAUCAAGAUGCCGUAAUUCAUGCUCACCUACUAUCGCGGAUCGAUGAAGUUACGCCCUUGAUGGCCAAUCUCGAAUCCAUGACAUUGCCAGAUUCUACGCGAAGUCUUGCAGUGCGGGCGUUAGCAGCAGUGUACUUUGGCAAAACAAACGGCGAUAGGCGAAUCUUUGACCUCGGAAGUAGGGAAUACGUCAAGGCCUUGAACAGAUUGCAGCUUGAUUUGGCGAGUUCAACCGCUGUUCUCGAGUGGGAUACGCUUGCGAGUGUAAUCUGUUUAUGCAUGUUUGAGAACAUCGUCUUUACAGACAAGACGGGAUGGUUGAAGCACUACGAGGGAAUAACUCAGUUGGUCAAGUUGAGAGGGCCUUGGAGACACCAAACAGUUCUGGAAAGGGAACUCCUCAGACAGUGCCGGUUCGAGAUAUGGCAGACCGUCCCCUGGCCGUCGACUGUACCAAAGACAGCUAGUGAUGUCUUGCACGAUAUCUUUGCUCGCGUUCCCGGCCAGUUGCAUGACAUGGAUCGGGUAGAAAGAGGCGAAGUUAACUACGAGUUCGUCGAAGAGCUUCGGCAGAGAGUCGAGACUACAUUGUCCGAUCUAGAAGACUGGGAGCAGUUCUGUCAGCACCCUCGGCCUCUCACUGGCUGUCCUUUUACUUCGACACAAGACAGCACUUCCCAACCGGUCAGACACAAAGCCCUUCUUGCGUUGCAAAGAGCAAUAAUACUCUGUAUGACGGGUCUAUGUACAUUCUUCAACAUUCCUCUAGUGGCCGAAAUUCCUGCUGUGCUCGAGGACCGGAAAGUAGUCAGGACAGCUAUUGCCACUGAGAUAUGCCAACUGGCAGCGUCGUGUCUUGGACAUGAGUCUAACAGCACGGAGUCAUUACUCUUCAUAUUUCCGCUUCAAAUAACCAGUAUGAACUUCGAAAAGGGCAGUGCAGAGGAGAAAGGGGCCGAGGGGAUCAUGAAUGGGGUCAUUGCUGGGACGUAUGGAUUUGAGAUCGGGAGAAGGCGGGAAUGGAAAACAUCGAGCAUAAUUUUAAUCAAAUAA